ACGAAAGUAAGGUCUGUAAAUUUCCUGAUCAGGAUUCAACACGGGACACAAUCUCCAGUUUGAAGCGUUUUCAGUUUUCCUUCAAGGAGCUAAAACAACAGCAGUCAUGGCUUCCUCCAGCAGUGUCCUGUGUGAAGAUCAGCUCCAGUGUCCCAUCUGUCUGGAUGUGUUCACUGAUCCAGUCACUACUCCAUGUGGACACAACUACUGUAUGAUCUGUCUCAAAGAGUUCUGGGACAGCAGUUCACACUGCCAGUGUCCAGUGUGUAAGGAGGAAUUCCCUAAACGUCCUGAACUACGUGUCAAUACGUUCAUCUCUGGACUUGCUGCUCAAUUUAAAAAGUCACUUCAGGUGAAAUCCGGCACUGCUACUGAAAAUCCCACCCAAUCUCAGGUGUUCUGUGACAUCUGCUGUGAAAAGAAAUGUGCAGCUGUGAAGUCCUGCCUGAUCUGUAUGGCUUCUUACUGCAAGACUCACCUGGAACCUCAUGAAAGAGUUUCUUCAUUAAAGAAACACAAACUGAUCGACCCUGUGGAGAACCUGGAGGACUACAUCUGUCAGAAACAUGAGAGACCCCUGGAGCUGUUCUGUAGAGACGACCAGACGUGUGUGUGUAAGUUCUGUACUGAGACAGAGCACAAAACUCACAACACUGUUCCUCUAGAGGAGGAGAGCAGAGAGAAGAAGAUCCAGUUGGGAAAAACACAAGCAGAAGUUCAGCAGAUGAUCCAGGAGCGACUGAAGAAAAUUGAGGAAAUCAAACACUCUGUAAAACUCAAUGAAAAAACCACAGAGAAGGAGAAAACAGACUUUGUGGAGAUCUUCAGUAAUCUGAUGAUCUGCAUUGAGAGAAGCCAGACUGAGCUGUUUAAGGUGAUGGAGGAGAAGCAGAAAGCAGCAGAGAGGCAGGCUGAAGAGUUCAUUAAAGAGCUGGAGCAGGAAAUCACUGAGCUAAAGAGGAGAAACACUGAGCUGGAGCAGCUCUCACACACUGAGGAUCACCUCCACCUCCUACAGAUUUACCCGUCACUGUGCAGCCCUCCACACACCCAGGACUGGACUGAUCUCACAAUUAACACUCAUCUGAAUGUGGAGACUCUGAGGAGAGCUCUGUCUCAGCUUCAGGAAACUCUCAGGGAGGAAAUGGAGAAGCUUCACAUGAUCAAACUGAAGAGAAUUCAACAAUAUGCAGUGGAUGUGACUCUGGAUCCUUAUACAGCUCAUUCUAAACUCAUCCUGUCUGAUGAUGGGAAACAAGUAAACCAUGGAGACAAGAGACAGAAUCUCCCUGAUAAUCCAGAGAGGUUUGAUCGUUGUGUCUGUGUGUUGGGAAUUGAGGGAUUCACCUCAGGGAGAUUUUACUAUGAGGUGCAGGUCAGAGGGAAGACUGAGUGGUAUUUAGGAGUGGUCAUAGAGUCUGCUAACAGGAAAGGGGAGAUUACAGACAGACCUGAGGAUGGAUAUUGGUCUUUGUGGCUAAGGAAUGAGAAUGAAUAUAAGGCUCUGGACUCUCCUCCUGUCUCCCUCUCCUUGAAACAGGCUCCUCAGAAGGUGGGGGUGUUUGUGGAUUAUGAGGAGGGUUUGAUCUCCUUCUAUGAUGUUGAUGCAAAAUCUCAUAUCUACUCUUUCACUGGUCAGACUUUCACUGAGAAACUUUAUCCAUUAUUCAGCCCCUGUAUCAAUGACGGAGGUAAAAAUUCAGCACCACUGAUCAUCUGUCCUGUUAAUCAAAUCUAAUAUACAUUUCUAAAUUCUUCUUUAUUUAUUAACAUAAAAAAUAGAACAAUGUUAGUAUUAUCUUGAUUUCUUUUUUAAAUGCUUUUAAUAAGAAUUGUAAAAAAUGAUAAAUAAAUCUGUUCUGAUGUUUGUCUCUUUA